AUGAUAAUAUUAAUUAUAUCCAUAGUGACUUGCCUAUAGAUAAAUAUGACAAAUCUAUAAGAUAAUUAUUAUAGUUUGCCAAUAUAAGCAAAUAAUAUAACUUAUAAUCUAGUAGUAGAUACUGGAAUUGCAGAAACAUGGAUAUUUGGUAAGAAUUCCAAUAGAAAAAAAUAUUAUGAAUGUUAAAAGUGUAUACCUAAAAAUAUAGAAAUAUAGGAGUAUGCAUAAGGUAAAAUUUCAGGAGUUGAAUAUAAUCAAAAAAUUAAAAUAAUGAAUUAAUCUCUAUAUUUGAAUAUAAUUGAGACAACAAAAGUGGAACAUUUCAAAUUAAUAAUUGCUGAUGGUGCUAUUGGAUUCAGUAAAUUAUAAUUGUCAAAAGAAAAAAACUUAUUGAAGAAUUUGUAUGAUUUAAAAGUAAUUGAUGAGAUUUAAUUUGGGCUUUUAUUAAAUGAAUAAAAUUGUUAAUCUACAUCUAUUCUAAUACUUGGGAAACCAAUAAAAAAUUACUAUAUCAAUGAAUUAUAUUAUGUAAAAACACUUGAUUCUUCUUUAUGGAUGAUAUAAGGUAAAUCAGUAGAAAUAGUUGGCAAAAAUAAUAAAUUAGAAUUAGAAUCAUCUUCAUAAAUUAUUGUAUUUGAUAGUGGAUUAUCCAAAAUUUUGAUAUCAAAAUAUAAAUUUAAUAAACUUAUUGAUAUAUUAAAUGAGAAUUACAAUUUGAAUUGUUAUUAGGAAACAUCAUAUCAAAUAAAUUAAAUUAUAUGCUCUUAUAAUGAAUAAUAAUAUCCUGAAGUGAAUAUUAAUAUUGAUACUAAUUUUAGUUUAACACUCUUACCUUAAGAUUAUAUUGAAUAUUGUUAUUACAAUUACUUUUUAUAACAUAAGUGUUUAUUAAAUUUUUAAUAAAUUGAUCAUACAGAUGUACUUGUUUUAGGUAUUGUUUUUUUAUAGAAAUAUUAUAUACAUUAUGAUAUUACUAAGUUGUAAAUUGGAAUUGCAUAAUCUAUUUAUUAUUGUAAGAUAUAAUAUAAUUUUAGAAAGACAUAAUCAAUUUAAAUACAAUUCUAAUAAUAGUAUGUUAUACUUUUCACUCAUUUUAGUAUUAGCAUUAUUAAUAGCAAUUUAUAUUUUAUUAAGAAUGCUUUUAAAAAAAUCAAUACAUUUAUACUUAUCUGUAUUAGAGAAAUCAUCUUCAAGAUCAUAAGAACAAGAAAUGGAGGCAAUCACAUUAAAAACUCAAUCAAACAAUUAACCACCUUUAUCAUCAUGA